UCAAAGUGAUGCCAGCACCAAACAACUCCUGACCACUGAAUCCCAUAUCAACAGAGGAAAACACGAAGAAGGAUGGGGGAGACGGAGGAGGAACGGACGUCUCAGGCCGGUCAGCUUUUUGAGAAUUUUAUCCAGGCCACUACCUGUAAAGGCACCCUGCAGGCCUUCAGUGUCCUCUGCAGACAGCUGGAGCUCAACCCGUCCGACCACAGAGGCUUUUACAGCAGCCUGAAAACUGCCGUCACCUACUGGAAGGCCAAGGGUCUCUGGGGGAAACUAGACAAGAGAGCUGGACACAAGGAGUACAGUAAGGGCAAAGCCUGUGCGGACACAAGGUGUCUGAUCAUCGGUGGCGGCCCCUGUGGCUUUCGGACUGCCAUAGAACUGGCUCUGCUGGGCGCCAAGGUGGUGGUGAUUGAGAAGAGGGACACUUUCUCCAGAAACAACGUCCUGCACCUUUGGCCUUACACAAUCCAUGACCUCAGGAACCUCGGAGCCAAGAAGUUUUACGGAAAGUUCUGCGCUGGAUCCAUAGACCACAUCAGUAUUCGUCAGCUGCAGCUCAUGCUUUUAAAGAUCGCUCUUAUUUUUGGGGUGGAGGUUCAUGUCAACGUGGAGUUCAUCAAGCUUCUUGAGCCGCCUGAAGACCAAAGCACUGAUGGCCCAGGAUGGAGGGCUGAGAUCCGGCCUGCAGAUAAUCCCGUCUCCGACUAUGAGUUUGAUGUGAUAAUCGGGGCCGAUGGAAGGAGAAGCACUCUUGAUGGCUUCAGGAGAAAGGAGUUCAGAGGGAAACUAGCCAUCGCCAUCACUGCCAACUUCGUCAAUCGCAACACCACUGCCGAGGCCAAAGUGGAGGAGAUCAGCGGAGUGGCCUUCAUCUUCAACCAGAAGUUCUUCCUGGAACUAAAGGAGGAGACGGGGAUUGAUUUGGAAAACAUCGUCUAUUACAAGGACAACACGCACUACUUUGUCAUGACGGCGAAGAAACCAAGCUUGCUGGACAAGGGUGUCAUCAUUAAUGACUACAUUGAGACUGAAAGGCUGUUGGCCAAUGAUAAUGUGAACCAGGAGGCUCUGUUGUCUUACGCCCGCGAGGCUGCAGAUUUUGGCACAAACUACCAGCUACCAUCUCUAGAUUACGCCAUCAAUCACUAUGGGCAGCCGGAUGUGGCCAUGUUUGACUUCACCUGCAUGUACGCGUCUGAGAACGCAGCGCUGGUGCGAGAGAAGAGCCGCCGGCAGCUGCUGGUCGCACUGGUGGGAGACAGUCUGCUGGAGCCGUUCUGGCCAAUGGGCACGGGUUGUGCUCGAGGCUUUCUGGCUGCUUUUGACACGGCUUGGAUGAUCAAAGGCUGGGCUCAGGGUAAGGAGCCGCUCGAUCUGCUGUCCGAGAGAGAGAGCAUCUACAGACUGCUUCCUCAGACCACUGCAGAAAACAUCUCCAAAAACUUUGAGCAGUACACCAUCGACCCGGCCACACGCUACCCAAACCUCAACUCCAGCUGCGUACGGCCACAUCAGGUGCGGCAUCUGUACAUCAGCGGAGAACAGGAUUUGAGUAGUCUGGAGCGCAGUGGACAAACACGCAGAUCUGUCAGCAUCUCCAGACGAGAGUCAGAGGUGCGCCCUGGUCGGCUGCUGCUGUGGUGUCAGAAUCAGACGCAGGGUUACAGAGGAGUGAAUGUGACUGACCUCAACACCUCCUGGAGGAGCGGCCUGGCUCUGUGUGCCCUCAUCCAUCGCCAGCGGCCAGAGCUCAUUGAUUUUGACUCUUUAAAUGAGGCAGACUGCGCUAAAAACAACCAGUUGGCGUUUGACGUGGCUGAGAGAGAGUUUGGCAUUCAGCCGGUCACCACAGGGAGGGAGAUGGAUGCCGAACGGGGACCGGACAAGCUGAUUAUGGUGCUCUACCUCUCCAAAUUUUAUGAGAUGUUUCACAAAUCAACACAAUCCAUCACAGCUUUACCCAAAGAGACCGAUGCACAUAAUGGAGACUGUUCAUCAAAACCUGCAAACUCACUUUACAACUCCAUAAAUCAUGCACGGAAGAGAAUCCCAAAGCUGGACAAGAAGCUGGAAGAAAGUGACGUGAACAGGAAGAGGAAGAAGGCCAGCAUUCACCAUGAGGAGCUGAUGUCCUGUCAGACUGCGCCCCCUGCAGGAGAGAGGGAGGAGCAGAAGGAGAAUAAAGUUCGCUCUAUGGCUACUCAGCUGCUGGCCCGCUUCGAGGAGAACGCCCCGAGCUGUGCUUUACGCAGACAGUCUGAUUCGGAGAGCGACUCUGACUCGGACAGACCUGUUUCUUUGGAUAUGACUGAAAACCCUCGCUUUGCCAGACCUAAAAUUGAGCCUGCACAACCUUCGCCAGCUCCAGACAAAGCCAAAUGGCAGCCUUCUCCGUAUUUGAGACUGCUGGAAUCACACACACGAAGCGAGACUCUUCAUUCUGAACACUAUAUAGAAAGACAGAGCAGUCACAGACUCGCAGAGAUCCAGUCAGAGUGUCAAUACAGUUCAGUGUCUUCAGCUCAUAAGAGCAGUGAAUGUCGACCCAGAUCUCCUCUCAUUCCCUUCACUCCCGCUCUCAGUCCCAUGAUGCACUGCCUGCAGCAGCUGGAGGAGCAGGUCACUCAGAGGAAAAGUGAGAGUGAAAUGACCAGACCGUUGACCAGAAAGAGCAUUAAAGAGCGAGCGCAGCAGCUGAGCAGCCUGUUCACCGGGAGCCCUGCUCAACCUCAGACAGAUGAAAGCUCUCCUGCUGUUUCUCCUUCCUCUCCUCAAACUAUCCCAGAAUCCUCCACUCUCUCCUGCUUUCUGUCUCCUGCUCCUUCACUCCAACACAAAGAGUGCAGUGAAGCUUCAGAAACGCAUCUGAAGGCUGACAAACACACUGAAAUCAGACGCGUUGAGCGCCUUGACCCUUCCAAACAGAGAACAGUGGGUAAAGUCUCGUCUGCCAUUGGUGUAAAAGCCGCGACUCUGGCCAUCUUAUAUGAGACCGACCACAGACCCAACAACCCUUUCACCCUCUCACUGACAGAGGCCAGAAGAUGUGCAGAGUCUGGACUGGUGAGUGUGCGUAAGGAGUUUUCGGCGUCUCUUGGCGGCAGCGACACCUGUGUGUUCUGUCAGAAGCGCGUGUACAUCAUGGAGAGACUCAGCGCCGAGGGUUUCUUCUUCCACAGAGAGUGUUUCCGCUGCCACAUCUGCGGAUGCUCACUGCGGCUCGGAGCUCACACAUUCGAUUCACAGCAGGGCACUUUUUACUGCAAGAUGCACUUUUCUCAGCGGAAAACCAGCACUAAGCAUCGAAGAGGAGAGAUGAACGGCGGUGGCGUCAGACCCUCAUCCAUCACCAUCUCGAAUCACACAUCCAUUGACGGGACCCGCGGGCAGCCCUCAGGAGGAGAGUCCGACUCCACCACUCAGCAGGAUCUGCAGACGCUUCCGGACUCCACAGAGAUCAUCAGUGUCAGUGAAGUCAAAGAUUCAUCUAAAAAGGCAGAUCCUGCAGAUUCUGCUGCUGCGUGUCCUGAUUCUCCACUGCAGAAAGUGAAACGCUCCACCGCCAAAGGAGAAAUUACCAACAAAAACAACCUCUGGAAGAAGAAAAUUCGAUCCACUCUGCCCCUCGUUCUGAUGAAGAAGUUUCAUCGUGGAAAACCAGAUGAUAAAACUGAAGUCCUCGCAGAGGAAGAUGGAGACUCUGACUUUGAGGAGAUCCACGAAUCUCUCUCUUCAAAAAAGCCAUCAAAUCCAUCGAAAGACUCUGACUGCCACCCAACAGAGGACAACAACUUGACAACCCUAGACGAGAUCCCCAAAAUUCCUCUCUAUCGCACACACAUCCUUCCAGAAUAUCCCAAACCUAGCUCUUCCUCUCCAGAGCCCAUUGUCCCAUCAGUUGUUCCCUCAGACCCCAUCUCCUUUAGCCCUAAGAAGAAGCUGACACUGUCCUUAUCGGAGAAGGAGAAACUGCUCAACUGGGAUUUGACCAAUCCUGGAAAGUCUGGAGGAGAAGUACAACAACAACAACAACAACAACAACAACAACAUGUAAAGCCCUCAACGAGUUUUCAAAACGAUCAUCCAGAACCAACCCAUCCUCAACCUGGACCCACUCCUCCACUUUUUGGCUUCCAACAAUGGGCCAACAAUCUCCGCAAGUCCUUCUCCAAAGGAAGCAACCCUGUGGUGCUAAGGAGGAACCGACCAAUGAAAGCCAGGCCUUUGUCGGAGGGCUCCUUCAACGUUGGUGCUCUGUUUCAGGAUGAUGAGCGCUGUGGUUCGUCGGUUGAUGAAGGUCAGGCCAGACCAAGGACUGAAAGUGAGAUCGCCGUUUUACUGGAGCAGGUGGCUCUCGGAUCUAAGACAAGCAGAGGAACGAAAGAUGAUAUGGCCUCACUGCCGCCCAGGAAACUCAAUUUCUUCUCCUCUCUGAGAAUUAAGAGGGUUGAAGGAGUGGAGCAGAGUCGAGGAGAAGGACAGAAGGACAUCCUGAGCAUCCUCUCCAGGUUUAGAAACAAAGCGUCUGCUCAGCAACAAACGCAACAGGAGUCAAACUCCUCCAGUGAGGAUGAACAGGAACCAGACUCAAAACGGACCCACAGUGGCGCAAUGCAGAAGAAAAAAGAAAAAAUGGCCAUCCGACAAACCAAGAGCGACGAGCUGAAGAGACUUCACAGAGCUCAGGUGAUCCAGAGACAGUUGGAGGAGGUGGAGGAGAAGCAGAGAGCGCUGGAGGAGAAAGGUGUGGCUCUGGAGAAGGUCCUCCGAGGAGAGAACGGUGACGAUGACUCCGCAGAUGAGACUGCGCUGCUGCAAACCUGGUUCAAACUGGUUCUGGAGAAGAAUAAACUCUCCCGAUACGAGUCUGAACUCAUGAUCUUUGCUCAGGAACUGGAGUUGGAGGACACUCAGAGUCGACUACAGCAAGACCUGAGACGGAGAAUGGCCACUGAAGAUUGCAAGAAAAGUGCGAGUGAACUGACAGAGGAGCAAAACAUUCUGGUGGAGAUCAUGAAGGUGGUGGAGAAACGAGACAAACUGGUGAGUCUCCUGGAAGAGCAGCGACUGAAAGAAAAAGCUGAAGACAGAGAUUUGGAGAGUUUGAUCCUUUCCAGAGGGUAUCAGUUCCACUGGACUUAAACAUCCAGCUCUGAAUGGCAAUAUGAGCCCCUUUAGACUGAAAAGAGCCUUGUUUGAGCUUGAAACGAUUCUAAUUAGUUUGCAUUGAAUGCUGCCGUUUGUUGUGCUUGAAAACAAAUAAACCAAAAACCAAAACACGUGCCUCUUUAUUAAUGAUGAAUGUUCGAUUUGAAAAGUCACACGAAGCACGCAGGUGAGAGGAUUGGGUAGGACUUUUUGUUCGCACUUGUGCAAUGAUGUUAAGUUUCGUUUGAUUGUUUCGUUAAACCGUGUUAAUGGAUGUUUGUUUUGAAUAUUUCAGUUGAGGCCAAAGUUUGCUGGCGGUUAUGAAGUGUGUUUGUUGAGCGUUUAUUUCUCUUGUUCUUGGCAUAAAGAAGAUUUAUCAAGCAACCUGAAAUUAAAAGCAAUUAUUAUUGUUUCAAGAAUCAAGAUGGAAAUGUACAAAGUGCUUUGGUUUUAUUUUUGUCUGUCUGUGUGUUGCCUUGUGUAAUUUAUUUAAUAAAUGUAAAAACAAUGA